GCUUGUAGGAUUGGUGUAUGCGUCUGUCGGACAGUAAGGGCUGAGUCUGUGGAGAUGUUGAGGUCACUGUUGAGCUGAUCGGUCGAGGAAUGGCCCGGGACAGCACGGAGAGCCGGUUCAGGCAGGUGCUGGAGGAUUUCGGCGGCGCACAGAACGUGCUGCUCAUAGGAGAGCUGUGGGACAGGGCGCAGAGCAGGGACCUUUUGGAGAGCUUCUUGGACGCUGUGUUCCCUGGGGAGAAACAGGAAGGAGUUGGGAAGCCAAACGCAAAGGUCCCUCAGAGUUCACUAGCGGAAUGUAAGGGCCCCCAGGAGCCAGUGUCGGACAGCCGAGAGCAGCCGGUUGAGAGUCCGGUGACAAGGGAAUCAGAGAGACGUCAGUUGAAGCCGGACCGGGCUCUGCGCUUCCCCUUGGUGUUCUUUCUAUGCCGGGCGGAGUCUCUUCGGCCGCGGGAUUCACGACGACAUCUCCGAGAGAUCCUUAAGGACUUGAGGGAGAGGACACGUGAGGGAGCGGCUGUGAUUGGGGUUAUAGUGACGUGUGGGAGCGCCGCUACUAACGGAGAAUCUCUGUGUGAUGGUUCCGGUCAGGACAACUCCGAUGGCUUUGCCGGGGAUUCCUCUCAGGACUCUCUUGCCGAGAAUGUGGCAUCUCUCCUGUCCCUGCUGCAGUCCGUGUUCCCCCCGGGCAGUCGGGGUUCGCGCUGGUGGGAGGUUCGAGCGGCCGUAUUCCUCCAAGGACAGGACGAGACCCGCAAGGAUGUUCAGAACGUAGCGAGUGAGGCGCUGGCUGCGGCAGAGGUAAAUAAAAGUCAAAGGCCACAGACAAAGUUUCAGUGUUUUCCAUGGAGAAGGCGCAGAACAAAAAGGAAUUUUGUGGAGAAAGGCCACCUUGAGGACGGCACAGCCCUAAAUGUCAUCAAAUAUCCAAAUGGUGAAUGUACUGAGAAAUCAACGGAUGCUUAGUAGCUAAGAAGAUGUCCUGCUCUUCCUGAAGCAUACAGUGUCCUUCAUGCAAGGCCAGUGAGCCGUGACACCUACUAACUGUUAGUGCGUCUGUGAUGGUCAUAGUUCAUUGUAAAAUAUUCACUAACGUUGAUAGUUUUUUGAAAGAAGAGACGGCCAUGCUUGUUCUGUGUGUAAUUAGUGACUACAUAAUACUCUCAUUUUAGAGGGCAAAGGCUUUGUGGAGCCUGGAAUAGAACAGGUACAGGAUGCCAUCACCUGUUACGGCAGUGGUAGAGUACACAAUUUUUUGUGUUUUUCUCUAAUUUCUAAUCGGUCAAAAAGAAGAAAAAAUGCGGUUAAACUGAGGCGAUUUUACCAUGUAUAUGGGGAAUGCCUGUUUUCAGUCAGUUUACAAAUUAGCGAAGGAAAACUUUCCAUUGAAAAGGAGAUUGAAACUUAAGUCUAUGGCACAGAAUGUUUUGACUGCUGCUGUGCUCUGGGAAGCAGUGGAGUAAUAAUUUUUACACCUAUUCACAGUGGUUGCCAACACACCCCUUGUGCCAUGAGCCUAGUAACUUGAAUCAAAAGCUGUUUUAACCUUUAAAGUGCCAGGGAACUGGAACUUUAAAAUUCAUAGCACUGGCACACUUGUGCAUUUAUAAUGGCAACAUCAAUUUUACUACCUCUGUCACUUUGAGGGUUAAGUGACUAUUGCACUGUUCUUGCAUUUACAAUAUAGCAGUUCUCUCCGUGUCAUCGGAAUUAUGUUCCUUCUAUCGCACAUAUGAGCCAAAAUGAGUUGCCCAGGGCAAAUAGCGGUACACCCAGUGCACUUGUUUUUCUCUGUGAAACGUUUGUGGUAUUUGUUGGUUAAAUAACAUUCUGUCUAAGACAGUUACUACAUGACUAGGCACAAAAUCUAUCAUCGCAACAAAAUAAACUAUCCUGAAACAGGAA